AUGAAGUCCGAAACGCCGGGACACGUCGAGAAGGUCGCCAUCGUUGGGGCAACGGGCAAUAUUGGCUCGUCUUUCACACAAGCCUUGCUAAAUACCGGUAAACACACCGUUACAGCACUUGUACGUCCUGAGAGUAAGGGAAAAGUUCCUGAAGGCGUCAAGGUUGUCCGGUCCGACUUCAACAAUGAGAGUUCGCUUGUAGAGGCCCUCAAAGGACAGGAAGUGCUCAUCAUCACACUUAGCACCAUGGCACCCCUCGAAGUCCAUGACAGGCUUGUUGUGGCGGCCAAGAAAGCGGGCGUUCGGUAUGUGGUGCCCAACUUGUACGGCUACCCCAUCGACAGGAGCAACUCUCAGAAUGGAGAAUCGAACGGCAACUCCUACGACCAAGUGUUCUUGGAUCGGUACCCAUACAUUCAGAAGUUCCUGGACAAGGUCACGGAGAUCGAAAGCGAUGGAUUGCGGUGGUUUGUACUUGCAACUGGUUUUUGGUACGAGUGGAGUUUGGCGUUGGGAGAGCAGUGUUUUGGAUUCAACAUCAAGGACCGGAGAGUGACCUUCUUUGACGAUGGCAAGCGCACGAUCACGACAACCACGUGGGCCCAGUGCGGACGAGCCAUGGCCGCGCUACUUAGCUUGCCUCAACAAGGGCCGUCUGCAUCUCCAUCGCUGGUGGACUUCUUGGGCACGCAGGUGCGUGUAGGAAGCUUCCGAGUGUCACAGCGCGAUAUGCUCGACAGUCUGAACCGUGUGUUGGGUACGACAGAUGCCGACUGGGAGAUCAAGUAUGAGUCGUCGAAGAAGCGCGUGAAAGAUGGCAUUGAAGCAUUGGAAAAGGGUAACAAGGUCGGGUUUGCCAAGGCUUUAUACAGUAGCGUUUUCGACCCUUCGUACAAGCAAGGCGACUACGGCGCCGUUGAGCCUCUGGCAAAUGACGCCCUGAGGUUGCCCAAGGAGGACCUUGAUGAGGCGACUCGGAAAGUUGUGGCCAUGAUCGAGAGUGGUUGGAACCCUUGGUCUUAG